AUGUCUUUCCAGAACUUCGAUUCGUUCCAGAACCAGGCUGAUGCCGCUGCUGCUGCCGCUGCCCCCGCUCCUACGGACGCUGCUAUGGCUGGUCAGGACGCUGCCUUCCAGGGUCCUGCUGGUGAUGCCGCUGCGGGUGCUGUUCCCCAGCAGGGUGCCGAUGGCAAGACCACUCUCUGGAUGGGUGAGCUUGAGCCUUGGAUUGAUGAGAACUUCAUCCGCAACCUGUGGUUCCAGAUGGGUGAGCAGGUCAACGUCAAGAUGAUCCGUGACAAGUUCUCUGGUAGGAGCAACGCCGGUUACUGCUUCGUCGACUUCACCUCCGCCGCUGCCGCCGCCAAGGCCCUGUCUCUGAACGGCACCCCCAUGCCCAACACCAACCGUGUGUUCAAGCUCAACUGGGCUACUGGUGGUGGCCUUGCUGACCGCAGCCGUGACGACCGUGGUCCUGAGUACUCCAUCUUCGUUGGUGACCUUGGUCCCGAGGUCAACGAAUACGUCCUUGUCUCUCUCUUCCAGAGCCGCUUCCCCUCUUGCAAGUCUGCCAAGAUCAUGACCGACCCCAUCAGCGGCAUGUCCCGUGGAUAUGGUUUCGUUCGCUUCUCUGACGAGAACGACCAGCAGCGCGCUCUGAGCGAAAUGCAGGGUGUCUACUGUGGUAACCGCCCCAUGCGCAUCUCCACCGCCACCCCCAAGAACAAGGGUCCCGGUAUGAUGCCCGGUGGUGGUGGUGGUGGUAUGGGUAUGCCCGGCCCUGCUGGCAUGUACCCUCCCAUGGGCGCUCCCCCCAUGGGCUUCUACGGUGCUCCUCAGCCCAUGAACCAGUUCACCGACCCCAACAACACCACCGUUUUCGUUGGUGGUCUCUCCGGCUAUGUCACUGAGGAUGAGCUCCGUUCGUUCUUCCAGGGAUUCGGUGAAAUCACCUACGUCAAGAUCCCUCCUGGCAAGGGCUGUGGUUUCGUCCAGUUCGUCCAGCGCCACGCCGCCGAGAUGGCCAUCAACCAGAUGCAGGGUUACCCCAUUGGCAACUCGCGGGUACGUCUCAGCUGGGGCCGCUCUCAGAACAACUCUGGUCCCGCCGGAAGCCCCUACCGUCCCGCUCCCCCACCGCCGCCGAUGUACCCGUCCAUGGGCAUGCCGCCAGCUCACCAAUACGGUGGUUUCGCGCCUAUGAAGGUUGGUGGUCCUGAAGCCACUUGGCAGUCUCCUUUCUGA